AUGGCUGCAACAACUCCUUCUUUUCCCACAGCAUCCUUGUCAUCAUGGACAGGAUGGGUCGUUCCACGCAUACUUCCUUCCGAAACUAACAACAACAAUGAUUCGAUCAAUGCCAUGGCUGAAAAGUGUCAGAUCGAUCCAAGCUCGCUCUGUCCUGGUCGAGGUCGUGAGUCCCAUCCCUUUGCCACAAACAGCAAGGCCCAUGCUACAUGUAUGGAAGAUGAAGGUCCAUUACCACCAUCAUCACAAGCUACAGCACAGACUCAAACGACUGUCCAAUUACUAGAUAUCGAUGAGAAAAGUGAACUGACAUCCUUGGAUAUUUACCUGUUUCCACCUGAUAACAGCAACAACGGAACCAACCCAGAAGAACCACUGCACGUGCGAAUGCAACGGAGCUCUCAAGAGAUGGUCAACCAUACCCUGCAACGAAUGGCACUCAGCAUCAACAAGCAAUUAACCAAACGUUUCAACAGAUCUAGAAAGAAAACCAAACUGCAAAAGGGGCAGCAGACAAAAAGCAGUCCUCUGCUACUCCAAGCAGACAGUGGUGUCAUUCUCCAAGCGGAUAGCAUUAUACCAAUGACAAAACGCACCAAUCAACAAGUCUGGAGUCAGGCCGCAUCCACACCCACGACCGUCCAACUACAGCUGGAAGAUUCGUCCACCCUUUCCCUUCCAGUAGAAGCUUGUCCUCCUACCAUUAUUUCCGUGGCAACCUUUGAAGACUUUGGCGCUCGCGUCUUUUGUCACGUCCCCUUGGUGGUACAAGUCCAGUCGAUGUUUGCUUCCCAUGUCGUUGUCGAUUGGUAUGUGGGAGAUCAACUGGUGCUCCAAGAUUCUGCCACGUACACACCACAAUCUGCAGAUGAUAUUGGCAAGAAAAUUUCCAUCCUCGUCACGCCUGUGCGGAGUGCAACCUCUCGUACAAGUCAUCACACAGGGUGUGGAUAUGAACAAGCGUAUCAAUUUCAACAUGUUAUAGAAGCCUUGCCAGAAAAUACUGCCAUCAAUGUGCGUCGUGGCGAUCUAUGGACAGACCCAGAUCGACGACAACGACUACAAGACUCUCCUGCAGGCCCUAUACGAGUUGUCACAUACAAUAUUUUGGCCGAUCAAAAUGCCUACGAACGAAACACUCAUGCCAAACAAGUACCUUGCCGUCCCUAUGUCAGUCUUGCCACCUUGGAUAAGGCUCGCAGGAUGCCUCUCAUAUUGCACGAGCUGUUGUCGUACCAAGCAGACAUUUUGUGCCUGCAAGAAGUCGAUGAAAACAUCUGGAAAAGGCUCUUUCGGCCAACGCUGGAGCAGAUGGGAUAUCAAGGAUUCUUUAGUAACAAGGUUGCCAAGGGAAUGAGUGAAGGAUGUGCCAUGCUUUGGUCGUUGCAUCGCUUUGAAAAGAUUCCCGAAGAGGAAAUGAAACACUAUGGACUGGCUGACUUGAUACAAGAGACAAUCCAAAGUGUCAAGAGCCAACAACAGUGGAAGUCGGCAACGGCGAUUGGUCAAGUCCUGCAAGAAAAACAACAUCUGAGAAAUGUCAUUGAAAACAAACUUGGGCAUGUCGUUCAGAUGGCAUUGCUGCCACUGCGCAGCAAUAACAAUGACAGGACGCAACCGGAUCGCAUCUUGCUGGCCAACACGCACCUCUUUUAUCAUCCGUACGGUGCCCAUAUUCGACUGAUGCAAAUGUACGCGAUUUGCCAGCAACUGGAACGAUCUACUGAUGGUGUGGUUUGUCCCAUGAUCUUGUGCGGUGACUUGAACUCGAGCUUGCGGCGUGCGGCGGGAUAUCUUUUGAUUCAUCGACAAGUGCAAUCCACUCACACUCAAAUACGGGAACAUUUCAACACUUUCCAUUGGAAAGACCGUGACGACAACGUUGCCACUGUAGGGGCCAAGGCGGUGGCUGUUGGCGGGUCCGUCACUGCAAUGAGAAUUGAGAACACAGAAAAGGAUAAAGACAACGAUGACUGGGAAGAUUUCCCUACUAUUGAGCUACCGCCACAUUUUCCAACCUUCAAGGCUGGCUACGAAACGGAGCCCGAGUUUACGCACUACCUGGACAGCUUCAAAGGAUCGCUGGAUCACAUUUUCGUCUCGCAACCCUCCCAGAACAGUCCUUUUGGACUCGAACCGUUUCAGGCGGCGCCGAUGCCCAGCGUAGAAUUGGUCACCGAACAGAUUGGCAUGCCAAGCGAGAAGUUUCCGUCGGACCACAUAAGCCUAGUGGCGGAUCUAAAGUUUACAAGCUAUUCAUAA